AUGAUCAAUGGAGUUCCUACAUAUUUGAUUCACCCAAAGAGGGGGCUAAGACAAGGGGACCCACUAUCUCCUUUGCUCUUUACUCUGUUUGUUGUUGGGUUUCAAGUUUUCUCUGACACUACUGGCUUAGUUGUGAAUCCUCAAAAGUCUUCUCUGUACUUCUGUGGGAUUUCUGAUCACCAAGCUAAGACCUUCACUGAUAUGUCUGGCUUCAAUAUGGGGGUCUUAAUCAAGACUUGGGGAUCUAGACAUUUAUCUUUUGCUGGUAGAACCCAGUUGGUCAACUAUGUGCUCAUGAACUGCAGACCAGGCUCAGUAGCUUGGGAUAAGUUGUGUCAACCUAAAUCCCAUGGUGGACUAGGUUUCAUGAACCUUCUACUUUGGAACCAGACUGAUGUAGGGAAGCAGGAAUGGGCUAUUGCUCAAAAGCAAGAUAAUUUGUGGGUUAAAUGGAUCCACACACUGUAUGUUAAAGAUAAUCCUUGGGAUCUAUUCACUGCUCCUACUGCAGCUAAUACAAAAAUUGUCACUCAUCUCUUCUUUGAGUGCCCUUUUAGUUCCAAUUGCAGACAACAAGUAAUGAGUUGGCUUGACUAUCACCACAGCAGGAACUCCAUUUCUCCCCUCUUGAAGUGGAUUCAGAGAUAUGCAAACUGUCAUCUUUACUACAGUGCUAGUUUGGUCUAUAAUAUCUGGAAAGCUAAGAACCCAACUGUUUGGAAAUUCCAAGUUCCUGUUGUGCAGAAUACAGUUAAAGUCAUCCAGUUUGAGGUCAAAAGCAGAGUUGUAAACUUGCUAAGCAAGAAAAUUUGUACCAGAGAUCAGGAUUGGUUUUUUAGCCUUCGAGGGGUUUGGUGA